CAUGUCUACGAAUGGUCACUUAAAUUUGAAAGAUUCACUGUUCGAACUGACACUUGAUAAAAGGUCUAAAAAAAAAAUCCGUCGAUCAUUAACAACGUUUGGUUAUAUUCCUGAAACAGCAGUUUUUAACAAAAAAUUUACUACUAUAAUAGAGAAUGAGAAUCGUGAAAUAUCGGACAAUAAUAAAUCACAAGACUCAAGAAUAAGAAGAUAUACUCCUCAGGGAUCAAAAUGGAAAAAAUUAGAUUUAACAUGGAAACUAUUAAAUGACAAUAACGACAAUUUGAGUCGAAGUCAAGUAGAAGACACUCUACAGCAAGCUUUUGCAAGAUGGGAAGCAGUAACAAACCUAAGAUUUCACAAACUUGAGAAAAGUAGCGAUGAGUAUGCCGAUAUAGAUGUAUCCUUUGUAUAUCGUUUUCAACAGCAAGAACGAGAUCCAACUCUUUUUUAUGGAGCUGGUAAUGUUUUAGCCCAUGGUUAUUAUCCAAACACAAAUAAAGGCAUAUCUGGUGACCUUCAUUUCUAUGAUGAAACAGAGUUCACUCUUGGUACAACCAAAGGUAUAAACUUACUAUGGGUAGCUGUGCAUGAAAUCGGACAUUGCAUUGGAUUAGAACAUUCAAGCGUCGAAAAUUCUAUUAUGUAUCCUCAGUACAAAGGGUACAUGGGAGAAAAUUUUACUUUAUCAAAGGAUGAUAUAUUAGGAAUACAAUCAAUAUACGGUUCCAAAACACAAACCAGCACUAUAAAACCAAUUAUUACAACAACAAAGGUUUUAAAAAGCAAUCUGACAAAUACGUGUUCAAUGAAAGGAGCUGUGUUUGACGAACUAUCUGGGAUAACGUAUGUGUUCCAUGGUGAUAAAGUCUAUAUGAUUGAUCAGUGGUUGAAAAAUGUUGAUGGUCCAUUUCCUGUUACUCGUUUUUUGCCUAAUGUUAAAAGUGUUGAUUCCGCAUACGUAAAUAGAAAAUCAGAAGUUAUAUUCUUUGAAGGAACAAGCUACUAUAUUUACUCAAGUUUGUCAAAACUAAUUCUUCUCGAAAGUGGAUCUAUUUUUAAAAAGUUCAGAGGAUUAAGAAAUAAUACAAAACAUAUUGAUGCCGCUUUCCAUUGGCCUGUAAACAGGAAAACAUAUCUUUUUUCUGGAGAUCUUUAUUAUAAGUUCAGCGACUCAAACUUUCCUUAUCGUGGUUACCCUCGAGAAAUUAGUAAAAGCUGGAAAAAUGCGCCAACACAUGUUGAUUCUGUACUUGUUUGGAAGAAUAAAAAGACUUAUUUUUUUAAAGGUUCCAAGUAUUAUCGUAUAAACGAUCAAGCUGAGGUAGAAAAUUAUUAUCCAAAAAGCAUAUCUGGUUCAUGGAUGAAAUGUUAACAUUAUUCAAUACAAAAACGUUGGAUAUAAUUCUUUUACUAAACCAAGUCAACCAUUAAAGCAAUAAAAAAUUCCACGAAUUAAACAGUGUGACAUUUUCUAUUUAGACA